AUGGGACAGUCUUCAUCCACACAACGUGAACGUCCUGACAUCGGUAAUUCGGAUCAUUUUGCGCCUUUCUCAACGGACCUCAACCUUGAUGCAAGGAAUGAAGACAUGAACAACGGACAGACAACUGAGAAUAGUGGAGAGGCGGGCUCGUCGUCCAGGGAUGAAAUGAAUUCAGUCCCCGGUCAAGAUACCGCAUCGGACCAACAGACCGAGGCGCCAGAGACAUGGCAACAACCCACUCGGUUUUCUGGAGGGCACUUGCCUCAUAUGCGAAGUAUUGAAGAGGAGAAUGCUUUUGAGGUUGACCCGUCUCAUCGCGAAUAUCGCUCUGCCGCCAUCGCUCGAAUGGUGGCAAGACGGCAAUCCACCAUGUCAAGGCUGGGCUCAAGAAUUUUGCCAAAUUCGGUCAUCCGUGGUCUUCUCAGCAGUCAGGAAGAGACGCCGGCAGAAGGUCAUGCGCAUCGGCAUGGGAUGGUCUCAAGGACAAUUCCAAGGACUGAGGCUGCUCACAGCAGUGGUCGCUUCAGUCCAUUCAGCUCACUUAGCUCUAGGGGCAUCACUCGACGGCGCACCACUCGAGGGCCCUACUUUAUCCCACGUACAGAAGCCUCAAGCAUGUCGGAUCCAUCCGCAAACCCUUCAUAUCUUGAUACGGCCGCCCAAGGGGACCCGGAGCCCUCCAGAGCAUCCUGGCGUCGCAGUGCCCGUCUCCACCGUAUGCGGCACUCGAUUUCUAGCCCGAUUUCUCACAUGUUCGGGCAGUCUCUAGCCGACAUGGGUCCUCAUCAGCACGGGGAUGCUUCAAAUCUGCCCACUGGUUCCGCUUUCGAUGAGGACUUCCCAAGGGCCAUGGACACUAGCUUGGACUUCACCGAGCCCCCGCAUGAGCUCGAUUCAGUGGAACCAGAAAUACAAAACGGGGAGCACUUGUCUCCCCCAACCCCUGGUCAAACGAGUGCUGGUAUUCCGGGAAUGCGACGCAUCCCUGCUCUACUCAGGGCACGAUCUUCUCGAGUCUUGCGGCGAGAGGAACAGACCCCUCUGUCACGGGUUUUGCAGCUUGCUGCGGCUGCUAUCGCGGCCCAACUUUCCGGGACCACUGGUCCUGUGUUGCCAAACAUACAAUCCUUAGGAAAUGAUGGACUGGAUGGCUCCUUGGAGAACUUCAUUAAUAGUUUACAAAACGCCACCUCCACGCAAGCUCAGCCAACUGCCACCGGUGAAGGUCCAAGUAAUUCUGAAAGCGAGGGCCCAUCUCAGCCUGUCAACUUUCUACGCGUCUUCCGAUUUGCCAAUGCAGAACCUUCCGGACAGAACACUUCUGGACGAAGCAAUUCCAAUGGCUCUCAGGAACAAGGCACGCAGACCGAUGCAAUGGAUCUUGACGAACCUUCGGAAGGAGGCGAAGGGCGGACAGUCACUCUCGUCGUGGUUGGGGUGCGAUCAGUUCCGGCAAGCAACGCAGGGAAUGCAGAACCACAGGGUACCCCCGUAGGUCCUGGCCUGGAUGCCUUGCUCGGGGGUCUGCCAUUCCUAUCGCCCAACGCUGUUCCACGACCUCCGGAUCUCACGCAGCGAGCAGAUGGGCUGCCGCGGCUGCAGGCAUCUCGACAGUCCGCUGGUCUUCAACCCUCCACCGGUGCCCCGGACUUCCCCCGCCAGCCGACUUUAAAUCCAUCUCGCAGGUUGUCAGAUGCUGGGCCUCGCGCCGCCUACCCUUCUUUCAUUCCUACUGCCCUGUCAGAGAGCCCCCCAGGACCUAUUCCGCCUCCAUCGACCCCAGCGGAGCAGGGCUUAUCAGCUGUGUCUUCGGGCACCUCAACUCCUAGUCGCCGGCCAUCCUCCGCUUCGGCAAUGUACCCGGAUGCUUUGCCUAUACUGAACGAAGACCAGUCUUUGCAGCCAACAGUAGAGCCUGCCGACGAUGCCAUUCCGCCUCCCAGCACCGCUCACCGACGCCGUCGGAGCGAUUCUGAAUUUGCUCGACACCGGGCCCUAGGAUCUGGUGCUGUUCGACGCAAUGGGAUGGUUGAGCCUGAUCAGCCUUCCCCAAGCAGCGGUCGAAGCUGGUUGAUCUAUGUUGUCGGAACCAACCUAUCGGAAAAUCACCCGGCCUUGACGACUCCAAGUCUCUUUACUGAUAACCCCACUUACGAAGACAUGAUUCUGCUCUCAUCACUUUUGGGUCCCGCCAAGCCUCCCGUUGCCACUCAAGCCGAUGUCAACUCUGCCGGAGGAUUGUAUCGUCUGGUCGAAUACGGUGGCUCGUUGGUUGCGGAGCUGGUGGAUGGUGCAGGCGUCAUUCAACUUCAGGAUGGAGAGCGUUGUCUGAUCUGCUUGAGUGACUAUGAAGUCGCUGAGGAGGUCCGGGAGCUGGCUAAAUGCAAACAUGUCUACCACAAAGAUUGCAUAGAUCAGUGGCUGACUACCGGACGGAACUCCUGCCCCCUCUGUCGAGGUCAGGGUGUGCAUGAAAGUCCGAACAACGGCCAUAAUCCCGCCCCCGAUUCGGCGCCUCCCGAUGUUCCAAUUGUUUGA